AUGUUUAUCCCAAAAUGUAAGGUUAGAGAUGCAAAGGCACCAAAAUGGAUAGAUGGAGAUGUUAUCAAUCUCUCUAAGUGUAAGAACAGAAUGUGGAAAAAAGCUAAAAAAUCUAACUUAACAAGUGAUUGGGAAAAUUACAGAACUAUUCGUAAACAGCUAAAAACGUUGACUAAAAAGAAAUAUCGUGAACAUCUCGCAACUAUGCAGGAUGAGUUAAAGGAUAAUCCUAGUAAGUUUUGGUCAUUUUACAGAGCCACAACAAAAACAGCCAGGAUACCAAAAAUUGUUCAUCUCAGUGGGGAGAAAGCCUCAACGCCUUCUGCUAAAGCGGACAUGUUCAACAAAUUUUUUGCGUCCGUUUUUCAAAAAUCUGACCAUGGAACAGAGAUAAAUCAUGAUGUGUUUCAUCCUCGAGUUGACGAAUUGCAUAAUUUACAUGUUACUGUUGAAGAUAUCUUGUCUGUAUUGAAGGCCAUUAAUCCUUCAAAAGCUAGUGGACCUGAUCAAAUUCCUGGACGGAUUUUAAAAGAAUGUGCAAAUGAGAUUGCCCCUUCACUUACACAAAUAAUAAAUCUUUCCCUUCGAAUAGGAAUGUUACCAAAGGAAUGGAAAUGGGCAAAUGUUGUGCCAGUUUUCAAAAGGGGUGAUGUUGAAAACGUGACAAAUUAUAGACCUAUCUCUUUGCUAAGUGUAGUGGAAAAAGUAGUGGAACGUUGUGUAUUUGAUAAGUUUUUCCCAUUCAUAGCCAGUCGUGUAUACCAUCUUCAACACGGAUUUAUGAAAGGCCGCUCUACGGUUACCCAACUACUUGAAAUUGUUCACCUUUUAACAAAAUCAAUUGAUGAAAAGGGACAAACGGAUAUUGCAUUCCUUGAUUUCUCAAAGGCUUUUGACUCUGUGUCUCAUUUGUCAAUGAUGGAUAAGCUAUACGCGGCGGGCAUCAGAGGCUCUUUGCUUAAAUGGUUUGGAAGUUACCUACAUGACAGGAAGCAGCGAGUAGUACUUGACGGCAAAUGUUCCGAAUGGCUUGAUGUCACCAGUGGGGUUCCACAAGGCUCUAUUUUGGGACCAGCUCUUUUUGUUCUGUUCAUUAAUGACAUGCCUGAUGUUAUUUCAGAAUCAGGAACGCUCGCAUUGUUUGCUGAUGAUGCGAAGUGUCUACGUACAAUCAAUUCAGACGCCGAUUGCGUGGCUUUACAAAGGGACUUGAAUAAUUUAACUACUUGGAGUGCAGAAUGGAAAUUACCAUUUAACAUUGACAAGUGUACCAUCUCUACAGUAACAACGAAACGCAACCCU